AACAAACAGAGGAACAGGCGCUGAUCCGCGGCUGCCCCCGCCGGCCGCAGGGCCUAUUGAAGCGGCCGAAGCCACUGGCCUGGUCCGGGCGAGUGGCCGCAGACCCGUAUACACGGAGCCAGGGCGAGCCGGGACCAGAACCGAAGUCUAGAGCGAAACUUACCCACUGCGAUGAUCCGCCUCACUGAUCCGACAUACGAAACAACACGGAAACGCGGAGACACGGAGCGGUCUGCGCAUGCGCCUGAAUGAGAGGCGGGGCAGAGAGAGAGAGAGUGAGAGAGAGAGAGUUCAUCGCCAUGAUUGGAACGGACCUGAGACUCCAAAAAAACUUUAUUUGCACUUUUCAAUAAUACAAGCCAUACCUUUUUUAUGAAACAAAUAAUUUGUCUAGGCUACUAUACAACAACAACAAAAAAAAAGAAAAAAAAAGAGAUAAACAGAGGGUGAAAAAUAAAUGAUUUAAUAAGAAAUACAGAGCUGCACAUAUCAAAAUACAUAACGAAAAGGGAGGAUCUGAAUCAGAAACAUUUUUAGAGACACUGAUAGAAUCCACACAACAUUUUAGUUCCACCAGAAAGUUUAAAAACAUGGGUUUUCUUUGUAGGAAUUUACAAUUACGAAUGUGAAAUUUAGCUAAACAGAUUUAUAGGUUAAUUAUGAAUUCCAAUGAGCUUUUAUAGUUAGUCUGGUGGAGGCCUAACAGAACCUGUUUCUGCUAUAAAUUAAAACUGAUUGUUACUUCACAACAAAUGAGAUCACAGAAAUGUUGCCGAAACAGGAGUGAGGACAGAGCCAAAUUAAAUGAGAGAUGAUUUCAGGAAAUUGUUCACCAAAAAAGUACACAAAACAUCAGUAUCUGAUUUAAAUCUCAUUAGAUAACUUUUUGAGGGAUAAAAUCUAUGUGGAAGUUUGAAGAACACUUUUUUAACUUUGUUAGAGAUAAGUAAUGAUUUGGUAGGAGCCAGACCUUCCUCCACGUCGCAUCAUACACACAUCAAUUCUAGUGUAAAAUGGCACAUGGAAGGGAUAAAAUAUAGUUGUUUUUUUUUUUUUAAAAAAGAGAGCUUUAAUUUCUUUAUUAUUUCUAUGGUGGUAAAAGUUUAAACAUAUUUUGCCCACAGCAGAUUGCAGUGGAGAAAGUACAGGGGUUUAGAAAAACCAAGGUCUCUGGUAGAACCACAUACACACUCCAGGAAAAAAAGGCUCCAAAACCUUUAGCAUUUUCACCAGAUGGGAUGUUAUACUGUUUAAAAAUUCCAGCAUAAAUAAAUUAAUUUCCGCAUUAAAUAGUUGAUCUAACAACUUUAGAUUAGAGUUGUAGAUGGAGUUGCAGGAGGAAGAGCAGUCGAUCGAUUCCAGGCUUCCCCCGACUCCAUGCCAAAGUGUCCUUGGUCAAGACACCGAUGCCUCCCGAUGUGCCUGUUGGGGUUUGAAUGUAUGUGUGACUGGGUGAAUGUGACUUGUAGUGUUGAACGCUUUGGGUUUGACUGGAAAAGCGCUGUAUAAGUACAGUUCAUUUACCAUCUGAAAAACAGAGACCCGCGCUUAUAUAGAACAUCCUUAUUAUGUCCUUAUUAUUCCAGAUGAAGUAUCGGUGAGGUGAAAAGCUGUGCUUAUAGAUGAGUAACCAUGAUAACAAUGCCAGGUGAUAAAAAGCAGACGGGGAGAUUUUACACAUUGUAAUUACAGACCAGGAAAAAAUUCCAACCACCAUGCUGGGAAAAAUUAUGAUGAGGAAUUUUGUUCCAGAUUGAGGUAGGAGAUUUGUAAAAGUGACAAAUCCAGUUGACUUUAAAUGUGUUGUUAAGCAAGGAAAAGGAAAAAGAAUUUAGACCGCCAUAUCGACCACAAACACAGAAUGUUUUGCAAAUAACAGGAAGUGACAUCACCAGACACGUACGUACUACAAAAUGACUACGAAUGUAGACUCUGGUAAUGUAGACUCAGAUUUUUUGAAUCUCAGAAGUGCACCAUAUUAUAAUAAGUAAGUCAUUACUCGCAGAUAUUUGAUUGUGGUGGUCAUGUCAACGGGCUCAGUGUUAAAGAUUUUCUAUCUGAACUGGUUUGAUUUAUAGUUUCAGUGAAACUGAUCAGACUGAUAACAUGAAGCAUUUAUUGAUCAUGUGAAGUUUCAGAACAUCAUAACUGAGAGGCGGGCUUCACGUCUGUGGUGUGGUCAGCACCGCUGCCUCACAACAUGAAGGUUGCUGGGCCGAGCCUCUGCGGGGGAGGGGCCUUCCAACAGGAAUGAGUGUGAACAUAUGAUCUGUCCAGGUGUUCCUGCCUCUCUCCUCUAACUGCUGGGAGAGACUCCAUUCCCACUGUGACCCUGAACUGGAAUAGCCAGUAUUAAAAAUGGAUGGAUGGACAGCUGGGAGACAGUUAGAUCCCAGAUCAGCUGAAACCAGUUCAGUUCCACCCUGUAUUCCCAGCACACAUCAGUGCCUGUUUGCUCCAACAGCUGAGAGGGCUUGGUCCGACCCACCCCAUCUGAGCUGGACUUCAGCUGCUGGUCUAAACUUGGAGCUUUGGCAGCCCCUCCCAUCAGAUCCCCCUCCCUCCCUGCAUCUUCCUUCAGAGUGGACCAGCAGUCGGACUGAGAGGAGGAUGAUGUCAUCUCCGUCUACCACUUCACUUCCCACUUCCUCCAUCCCUUCUCUAUGUCACACAGCGACCUCUGAUCCCCGACAUGUCACCAUGGAAACCUACUGGAGGGAAGUCCAGAGCAUUGAGGAAGAGAGGGAGGAGGAAGAGGAGGAAGAGGACAUGAAGAGCAUGGACGAGGUGGAGAUGGAGGCGGCGUGGCUAAUGGAGGCGGGGUUAUCCUCGCUGGUAACAAGCUCAGCAAGGUCAGAGGAGACAGCUCCCCCAGUAGACGCUGUGCUGUCCACGUUGACACGGCAACAGGCUGCCACAGUGAGGAAGAGGCUGGACAACUACAAUGAGACACUGAGGAAGAGAAACAGGCAGCCAAUCAGAGAUGUGCGAGACGUCUUCACUGAGCCUGAUGAUGACUCAGCAGACCAAGGCUCCUCCCCUUCCCAGCGUCGAGCCGAGUCACCUCCAAGUCGAUACCACAACACCACCAAGACCAUCCGGCGCAGCACCCACAGAGUCCGCCCAACUCUCCCAGCGUUCGUUUUUGAAGAUCAUCUUCCAGAACAUCCAUCUUCACCAACACACACCAACUCACCCACCCCCACACACUCCCCCCCACACACACACUCAGCAGGGAGUUGGCCAAGACGAGCUGAUUGGCUGGUGCGAGACACUCCCUACUCAGAGGGCGUGGCCGAGCACAAAAGGGGCGGGACUUGUUGGGACUGUCUCCGUUUCCACGGAGGCAAAAACAGUGAGUUACAGUUUGUAUCAGUCUCCCCAUCACAGGGUCUCACCUGUGCAGAUGAUUUGUCAUCACGUGACCUCACCCGGCUCGGCUUCAUCUCUCACAUUGAGCUCUCCACCCUUCCUGGUGCUUGCUUUGGGCGUUCAAACCAAACGCACCCGGCCGCCCGCGCAGCAGGACCAGGGGUGCGCUUUCAUUUUCACAUUCACGGUCUGAACACAGACAGCGGUGUUUUUGGAGUUCCUCUGAUUUCCCUGCUGGAAAACGACAGAAAGACAUUCCCAGGAAUCAAAGUUCCUUUUGUCUUCCAGAAGUUGUUGUCCAUUUUAGAACUAACCGGACUCCAGACCGAGGGGAUCCUCCGAGUUCCAGGAUCAGCAGCCAGACUGAAGUACCUACGCCAACAACUGGACAGGUGUUGUGGAGCCUUUGACUGGUCUUCAGUGAGACAAGUGGAUGCUGCAGGUCUAAUGAAGCUUUUCAUCAGAGAGCUGCCAACGCCUCUGCUGACACACACACUCCUGUCCACCUACCACUCUGUGAUAGGUUUGUCCUCCGAAGUCCAUCAGAUCCAGGCUCUGCAGCUGCUGUCUUUGCUUCUUCCUGAAGUCCACAGAGACACUUUGAGAGCCCUGCUGGUCUUCCUACGUAAGGUGGUAUCUUAUCAGGACCAGAACCGGAUGUCUUUGUGCAACGUCUCUAUGGUGAUGGCUCCCAAUCUGUUUGCUGUUCGUAACCAUGGAAAAAAGCACUCCAUUACUAAGCAACAGGAGGAGAUGGAGGAGGCGAUGGGAGGGGCCCAGCUGAUACAGCUGAUGAUCAAACACCAGGACCUGCUGUGGAUCGUCCCCCACUUCCUGCUGUCUCAGGUGAGACAAAUGAACCAAGUGUCUAAUCAGAAGCCACUUGUCCUGAGCAGGACCAGGACACGCUUACUGAGGAGGAAGAACGAGAAGAAUGACCGAAACCAGAUCACAGAGCUGUGUGAAGGUGUGAUCAGGAUCCACGCCCCAUUACACACCAAGGUUUCCAUGGCGAUACAGCUUGAUGAACAGACAACAGCCAAAGACGUUACAUGCCGCUUCCAGAGUGAGACCAGCCCAGUUCAGCAUCUGUAUGAAGUUGGCGGAAACAUCUGUGAGCGCCGUCUCCACCCAGACUGCCGUCUGCUGGACGUCUACAAAGUUAAUCCUUGCUGUGAUUGGCUGCUCAAACCCUGAUGACCAACCUCCUGAAGCAGCUGUGACCUGAAUGACCAGUCUGGAGCAGAUACCUGAUCACCUGAUCUUUUGUUUUCCUUCUUUUUAAUUUUUUUAUUGCUGUUGUUACAACAACAAAUUUAAAUGAAAGAUUCUGAUAUGACGAGUGA